ACAAAGCCUUGCUCCACCAUUGUUACGACCUCUUCCUUCAGUGAGAAACAAAAGAAGAAAUGGGAAAGGGGAAGCCAAAAUCCAUAGAAGUAUGGCCCGCAGUGAAACCCUUCGUCAAUGGCGGAGCCUCGCUCGCUACCUGUGUUAUCCAACCCAUCGACAUGAUCAAGCGAACCCCUCCUCUUCAAAAUCUGGUAUUAGCAAGGUAGCACUGAUUGGCAUUGCACUUGGGACGAUUGCAGGUGCAGUUACAUUAUCCGCAAUUGUAUCACUUCUUAUAUUGAGAUUGAAUACGAGAAAACGCCAUACAUCUUCAAGAAGACAUCUAUAUUUGCCGAGUUGAGGAUAUCCUUGUUGAAGGUUGUAUAGAAGGAUCCGUUGUUCAUUUCCAUAGGGCAAGAACUAUAACUAUUGAUUCUCUUGGAACAAUUAGUGCAUCGGGAAUGGGUAUGUAUUUUUUCUUUACUUAAAAGUUGCUGUUAAAUAAUGAUUUAUUGGCAAACUUCUGUGUUCGCUUCUCUCUGCAGAUCUAUGUAAUUGGUGUGGUGUAUUCUCUAUUUUUUACAUUUACUUAAUUGAAGGGGGAAAAAAUCUUGUUUUCAAGUGAAAGAGGAAAACAAAUUGUCCUAAGAAUGCAUUAUUUUUUUUUGCAAUGUGUUAAAUUAUGUGGAUUGCUAUGUGUUAAAUUA